AUGAAUAAAUUAUAAGAAUCAAAUGCUGUUGAAAAUAACAAAAAAUAUAAAAUAAAAACAGAUCGUAGUUAAUUAAUGGCAUCACCAAAGAAUAAAGAAUUUGAUGCAUAAGAAGAUUUUACUAAGAAAUUAACUGAAAAUUAUAAAAACUAAUAAAAAGAAAUAGAUAAAUUGGAAGCAGUUUUAGAGAAUAAAGAAGAUUAAAUACGAAAACUACAAAACUUAGUUAAACUAUAAUAAAAAGAAAUUGAUAGAUUAACUCAUAUUAAUGAAUAUUUAAUGUAAGCUAAUCAAGCAAAGUUAAGCAUCUUAAGAGAUGAAAGAUAAUUAAAUUAAGGAAGUUAAUCAAAUUUAAAAAUUAAGAAUCAUAAAUCAUUAAUGCCUUUAGAGAAAAAGGUAAAUAAAAUACCUGAAGAUAAUUCAUAAUCAAUUAAAUUAUUCAGAAGAUAAACUUUUCGUAAUCCUACAUUAAUGAAAUAUCAUCAAGAAGAAGGAGAUACAUACAAAAGUGAUAGGAACAUAUCUGGAUCAUCUAAUUUUUAUGAUAUUUUAUAAUAAGAAGAUUGUUUUAGAACUAAUGCUAUUUUAAAUAUCCAAUUAUGUAAUAUUAAAAUUUAAAUAUGAUAGCUGAUGAAGAUGCAACAGCUUAAUAUAAUUAAGAUGGAACAGUUUCACUAAUGAAAGUACUGUUAGAUUCUGAAGAAAUCUUUAGUGAAAUAAUUUAAUCAAUAUCAGCAUAAAAAUUAUCAUUUCUUUUUGAUAAGUUAAAGAGAGUAAUGUCAGAUCAUUAACAAUUAUUUAUUUUGGUAUUAAGAUUGAAAAAGAUCGUAACAGGAGCAUUACAAAUGAAUACAUCAGUUUUACUUGAUGAUGCAUUAUAAAAUAUCAUCGAUAAAUGUGUUGAUUGUUUAGAAUGUGAUAGAGCUUCGUGUUUCAUAGUAGAUUAAGCUAAAAAAGAAUUAUGGACUAGAGUUGCUAAAGGAACAUCUACAACUAUUAGAUUAUAAAUAGGUUAGGGAUUAGCAGGUUUUGUGGCAUAGAAUCACACAAUUUUGAAUAUUGAAGAUGCUUAUAGAGAUUAAAGAUUUAAUACAUAAUAAGAUGUAAAAAAUAAUUAUAAAACUAAAACUCUUUUAGUAUCUCCUAUUUUAGAUGGAGAGAAAUGUGUAGGAGUACUGUAAUGUGUAAAUAAAACUAAUGGUUUCUUUACUAAGGAUGAUGAAGCAUUACUCUAAAUUAUGGCUGAAUUUAGUAAGAGUGUUCUUAAAAAUGCAUUGAAUCAUGAUGCUUAAAUGUUGAUUUAAAAUAAACUUAGACAUAUUAUAAAAACAGGUAUCAUUUUAUAAGGAAAACAAGAUAAUAUGUUAGAACUAUUACUUUCAUCUGAAGAACGUCUUAGAUCAUUAAUGAAUGUUGAUCAUGCUAAAGUAAUAUAUUGGAAUAAUUAUUUGUAUCAUAUAAAUAAAGAAGGUAAGAUGACUGAGACUUAGAAUCUAUUAGGAAUAGUAGGUAAAUGUAUUGAUGAAUAAUAAAUGAUGGCUGUAAGUAAUUGUUAUACAAGUCCUAUAUUUAAUCCAACUAUCGACAUUGAAACAAAUAUGCCUAUUAUUUGUAUGCCUUUGAAAACAUAAAAUCAUAAAAUAAUUGGAGCCAUUCAAGUAGUAAAUGUAAAAGGAAUUGGAAAUAUAUCAUCUAAUAGUGAUGCCAAAGUAAAUUCAAUAGAUUUAGACAUGUUAGAACUGUUUUGUUAACAUUGUGCUUAAUCUUUAAUGUAAUGUAAAUUACAUUCUUAAUAAUGA